AUGGAUGCAGUAUGUUGGGCCGUCUACCUGGACGACAGGGUCGAGAGGGAGCGCUGGAUAGAUAGAGACAGCGAACGUAUGAUUGAGUCGACGGAGCUCGCAGCAAACGUGGCACGCAUCCUCGCCAUCUGUAGACAGGUGUACGUGUGCAACUCGGGCAAGUCAUUUGCUACCAAGGUUGCCGAGUUGACAGACUCUGGCCGUGAUCGCGACCCUGAUGCGGCUAUCAUUCCGGUUCUCGCAUUCAUCGACAUUGCUGUGUCUGGGGAUGCCGAGUCGUCUCAUAACCGACGUUCGUCGCUCAACCUCACGCCCAUCUCGCCUCUCGCCCAGCCACAGCAGCAACAACAGCAGCAGCCCUCUGCCGUCUCCCCCUCUUCAACCUCCAGACGCAGUCUCGCCUUCUCGUCCGAGUCAGAAGAGCUCUUUGGUCUACACCUGCUCUCGCGCUUCUCUGCGGACAUACAGGCCCGCGAGGCUCCUCACGCCAUCAUCCCAAUCGCCAUAUUAAGAAACGUACUGCCGCCUUCGACGCAUAACUUGCGCAGCGGGAAAACCGUCGAGUCUAGCCCGUCAACGAAACCGAGCUCGAAACGACCGGACGACCGUCAGAUGUCGAGAUGUCUGGACGCCGGUGCCAUUGACGUCCUCGUGUCGCCUAUCGACCAGACCAGAGUCCACGGACUGCUUACCCAUGUGUAUCGGAUACGAAAAGCGGCCCAGAAGGAGAACAGUCGCUUCAUGGCAGCGUCGGGCCAGAAGAUGAGAAAGUAUUCCUGGGUAGGCGUCAGCUCGACCGCAGAUGAUGAGAGACCCUAUGCCUAUCUCAGAGAGGCCAUGGUGUCGAAAUUGAUGAAGAGAAUAUGCAAUCCGGAAGAAGCCUUGGAUGACUCGUUGAUUAGUGAUGUAUGCGUCUCGGAUGAACGCAAAGAGGAGGUCAAGGCUGCCAUUGCGGAAUGGCAUUUCUGUGCUCAUGACUUUACGGAUGAUGAACUAUUCAUGCUUCCUUUGGAGCACUGGAGGAUCAGCCCCGAGGCUCUACGGGAAUUUGUACUCUCCUGUCGCGCGGCAUACAAUUCUUUCAUACUCUAUCACAACUUUCGCCACGCUGUUGACGUCCUCCAGUCGACCUUCCACAUCCUCGUGCGCGUGGGCGCAGUCCCUCCAUUCCCCCAGGGAAGCGAACGUUGCUCCUCUGGGACAGGGAUGUCAUGUCUCCUAACCCCCUUUGACGCUCUCACCCUCCUGGUUACUGCCCUGGGCCACGAUGUUGGCCAUCCGGGUGUUAAUAACAUGUUCCUCGUCAAGCUCAACGCCCCCCUUGCUCAGCUCUACAAUGACAGGUCAGUCCUUGAGGCCUUUCACUGCGCUGCUUAUUCUCAGAUACUGCGUCGGCACUGGCCCACUGUCUUUCAAGAUACAGAACUGCGGACCCUCAUGAUAAGCUCAAUACUGGCCACCGAUAUGGGGAUUCACAAUCGCUUCAUUGACGAGCUAGGGAAACUUAGGGAGACGUCUCUUUUCGGUGGACCCCCUGAAUUAGGCAACUUUAUCAAGAAAGCCAAGGGUCAGGUCGGAUUCAUGGACAUCUUCUGUCUUCCUUUAUUCGACGGAGUUACCGAUAUCCUUCCCGACUUGGCUUUUGCUGCCAACAGCAUACGACGUAAUAGAUUUAUAUGGGGUAAGCUCAUGGAACAUGAAGAAGAGCUGGAUUCUCACAGAGCCCGCAACUGCAAUACUCCACGAUGUCUGAGCCCGGAUACGACAUGGAAUGAAUAUAGGAGGCGUUUGGUGGAGGAAGGGCCAGCGUCCAUGGGAUACACGAUACACCAUCGCUCGCCGCCGCAGUCACCGGUUCGAUCCCCACCACAGCUGGAUGGAGAGGCGGGCACGACCGCGAUAACUUCCAGGAUAGCGAAUGUAUCUGUCAUUAAUGGCCUGAACCACAUCAACCAGCCAUCCCAAAGAUCAGCCGGCCGGUCAUCAGCCCCUAAUACAACCCGCACAAUUGACUCUGGGAGCGGCUGUAGCGGUAGUGGCGGUGGAGUACGCACCCAAAGCACAAGCACAUAUACGAACAAUACACUAAUCACUCCGCUCUCUUCCACUACUCAGGCAAGCAGCGUUAUAAGCGCCGGAAGCAGCUUCGAUGAAAAGGAUGGUAAUUGUCAGUUACACCGACACCCCAACCUUAAGCCACCCGCGCAUGUUCGAGAUCAUGAUCGUGAUCGCGAACAGAUGGGCCGAAUUGGUACUGCCGUCAGUGGUGCAAGUACCGCUAGCAGCUAUACCUCUAGCCUUGGGCGGAGCCAUGAACAUGACAAUGACCCGGGCCAGGACAUAUAUGCUGACGAAAACCUUCCAGUCGACGCAUUACCUCCUACCGAUGGAGCGAGCAGUUACCAGCCCCAGACCUGGUAUGAGCGUGCUACCAAUAGCAAGAACCCACACCGUCAGGGACAGACGGGCGAGAGGCGAUCGAAGUAUAUAAGCAGCUUGUUUGAGAAAAGUCUGGUCGCCAACAAUAUAAUCAGCAACAAUAGCAGCAAUCAUAGCAACAACAACAACCGCCCAGCUGGCCUUUCAUACUCAAAGUCUGCCCAGUCGACGCCGUCUGUGCAUAAUAAUUGUCAGAACACUCGCGGUAGGCGUGGUCCAACAAGUCAUCCUCGCUCCACACCUUCUAGCCCUCCAUUAGCUCCAUCCGCCGCCCCAUUUGAUCACGAUGCAAACGAUGCCCACCUAUCCUCUCUAACGCCCAAUCAUGCAACGAUACCAUUACCUCGACGCCGAUCCCGUCUACGUCUCGCCUUUUGGCGACGAUCCAAACCUCAGGGCCCAGGACAUCCUCACUCUCCACCACAGUCAGACUCCGCCCCAUCAACCACGGCAUCAGCAUCGAGUAUGAUGAGCUCAUCCGAUCAUUAUUAG